GGUGCAAACAUGCCAGUGCUUUCACUGCUUUGGGGCAGAAGAGGCCAAAUCAGCCCCAGCACUGAACGACAACCGGCCGACCAGCCGAAUUUUACGAGAUUUCAGCCGUCAAUAUCAACCACCACCCAUCUCUGGUCAUCAUAAAAAUACGACUACGCGAUUUUACAUGAUCUGAACUUUCUAUCGACACCAAUUUUGGGCCUACCCAUGAUCGCUGCGGUCGCUGAGCUUUCAACGCCGCCCCAAACGUUCCUAUGACUCGUUAUGGCGGUUUGGGUAGGACGCGCCCAAAGAAGCUCACCACCAAGGCGUCUAUUCCCAUUGUUAGCGAGCAUGAGAUAGAUGCAAUCGAAGAAGAGAUUCAGAGUGGCCUACAACAGAUCGAAACUGGUGUUGAAAAGGCCGAGGAGUCUGAAUUCCAUUUGCAAGUUGCAAUAAAUGCAACAGCACAAGGAAAAGUCGUAAAUGAGGCUCAUAUCCCAACGCCGGAGACCGUUCUCAGUAACCUCCAAUAUGACGAGCUAUACCCCCCGGUCUUCUCGCAACCUGCGACAUAUAUUCGCUUCUCCUCCACAGUGGAGGAUUGCUGCGGCUGCCCGUAUGACAUGACCGAAGAGGAUGAUGUAUUCCUGAAGAUCAUGAACGAAAAGCGGGACCCCAACGACAGGUGCACAGAAGACCAAUUCGAAGAAGUCAUCAACUUCUUCGAAGAAACUGCGCGAUUAAAGCAGCCGUUUGCAUCGGUAGAUAGCCCGCCAGUUUUGAGCUUUUCGGACAUGCAAGAGUCCAUGGAUGCAACCGUAGAGGAUAUCGUAAGGCGAUUUGCCAAGGACGUAUAUGAGCAUUGGAAGACAUUGAGGACGAACAACGGCAAUCAAUCAUUACUUGCCAACCUGAAGUUCGAAACUGGUCAAGAUACAGAUGAUACAGAUCCUUAUGUCUGCUUCCGCAGGCGUGAGGUUCGGCAGAUCCGCAAGACUCGCGGCAGAGAUGCCCAGAGUGCGGACAAACUGAGAAGGCUCAGGAAGGAACUGGAAGAUGCUCGUCAACUGGUUGCUCUUGUGCGCCAACGAGAAGUGGCGAGAAGAGAGAUGCUGGCGGCAGAGCGGCAUCUCUUCUUGCAGCGGGCUGAAGUCAAGGAUAUGAAGCGGAAGCUCAAUAUCAAGGACGAUGAUGAGGACCUCAUCAACCAAAAGCAGCCCAAGAAGAAGCCUAUGGAGGCACCACCCAUGCAACGCCCAGCGGCAGCGCAGCUUCGUAUGCCACAAAAGCCUGGAACCCAGACUGCGGAAGACCUGCAGCUGCUGGAGGACGUCCAAGCGGAGAAAGAAAACGAAAUUCUCCGCGAUAUCAAGGCGAACAUCGCCAAGCAUAUCAAAUGGAACGAGGGCUACGUGGACUUCACACGUGCUCCGCUCUCACCGUCUCCUGAAAGGACAUUUGAACAUUCAUUCCGUCCUGCGAUCACAACGCAAUUGCCAACUCCCCCAUCCUCAGAUUCUUCCGAAAAUAUGUUGGGUUCAGCAUUAGAUACCGCAAGUCACAUAUCUUUCCGCGAUAAGCUUGCCGCACACGCUAUGAUAACGAGCGAGGAUGCCAACAAAAUGCCUUCGUUCAGAAGACGUAUCGGGCGUGGCGGGCGUCUGCUGAUUGACCGGCGUAACCUCGCUUCUCGAUGUAGAGUGGAGUUAGACGACUGGAAGGCAGACAGAUUCAAGUUUGAUCAAGAAGAUUCAGACGAGGAUAUCGACUAUGAGAUGGAUCAGUUUGAUAUUCAGAUCAUGCAGAAUCGGGCAAUCAUGCUCGCCAAGGCUCGAGACCAAGCACAUGCUCAGGCACAGGCAGCGCAAGCACGCCGGCUGCAGGCUGAACAAGCCGCAGCCAACAGCUCAAAUCCGGGGCAAACUAUGGGAUCGAAUCCUGGGCCUGGCGCCAUUGCCCCGACAGCUGAAACUUGAGCCGGGCCUCGUUUUCUCCUCUCCUUUCGAACCCUUUUUGAACUCCCUUUCCGCAACAUUCUCGCGUCGACAACUUUUGACCAUCAUCUUCCUCCAAACCCCAGUGUACUUUUACUCCCUUUAUAUUUUGCUUCAUGGGGCCCCUUGAUUUUUGAGUCCUUUUUCCGCCACAAACCCUUUCCCGCUUGGAUGUUGCAAAGCAUUCGAAAUUCAGGAUAACGUCGCUGAUGAUUA